AUAAACAAAUCUUGUGCACAAAAGGUGAAAUAAGUCAAAAAAUGUCAUCGAAUGUGGUAUUCCGAUCCGGCACUCGCGUUGCGCGCACAUGUCGUGUCUGCUAUGUCCCCUCCCCGAACAGCUUCUCUCUAUUCAAGCCAAACAGGAUAUGUGGCCAAAUCACAACGCUGGCCAGGGUCCUUAGCUACUGCGUUAGCGUGGAUGUGCUCGAGGAGGAGGACUUUAUGCCAGACCACAUAUGCGGCAGCUGCGCAACGAAUCUCGAGCAGGUCAUGGAGUUCAAGCAGAAGGCCCGCAACAUAGAUCAGUUCCUAAGGGAACGUCAUGAAAAGCGCUGUGCCAGCCUGCCAAUAAAUGGGGUGAAACUGAAUGAACAGCACGCAGCAGAGCUCAAUAAUGAUCUGGAAAUAGUCGAGGAGGAACAGGAAGAGAGCAACGUGCUAGUGGGUUGCGACAUUAUUGAGGAAAUGCCUGAAGAUGAUAUGCACAUGGCAAGCCACAUUCCAGAAGAUCUAUACGAGGUUGUCGAAGUGCAGGAGCAGCAGCAGCGGGAGGAGGAGAAGGAAGAGGAAGUAGAGGAGCUGGCUCAGGAGGACACCAGUGAGGAAGAGCAGCAGCCAGCAGCAACCGCUGCCCGAACCAGAAGACCAAAGCCAAUCUCCGAUCUGCUGCAGUGUAAGAUCUGCAACAAGCAGCUGAGCACAUCCAACUCGUUCAAGUACCACAUGCAACUGCAUGGCGAUGCCAAGCCCUUCGAGUGCACGAUUUGCGGGGAGUCAUUCAAGACACGCAACGCCUUUGAUGGGCACAUAACGACUCACGAUCCAAAUAAUCCCAAUACGUGUAACAUAUGCGGUAAGUUCUAUCGACAGGCCUCGUCGCUGCGCACCCACAUGCUCGCCCACAAAGGGGUCAAGCCAUACCAGUGCACCCUAUGCGGCAAGCGGCUCACCCAGAAGUCCGGCUACAAGAAGCACAUGCUGACUCACACCGGCGAGAAGCCGCACACCUGCGACAUCUGCCAUCGCUCCUUCCGCUACUCGAGCAACCUCAUUGCCCACAAGCGAUGCCACAGCCAGGAGAAGCCGCACGAGUGCCAGGUCUGUCACAAGCGCAGCUUUGCCAACAGCUCCGAUCUGACACGCCACAUGCUGGUCCAUUCCAACGAGCGUCCCUUCAAGUGUCUCGAUUGUGGCAAAACCUUCAAGCGACAGAUAUCCCUCAAUGUCCACAUGAAGUCGAAGAAAACAGCGGCCAUGGAGGAGUCGUCUCUGGAGUACGACGAGGAGAACUAAAUGCGUUUAUUCAUGUUAAUUUGUUAAUUAUUUUUACGUUACGUUACACGAGAUAAUGAUUAAGUUUUUUUGGCCGGAACCAUCUUUAAAAUCUGCGAUAGGCCCCUAAAAUGCUUUGUAUAAAUUCAAAAACCCAAGAACGUUCCCACCUUCUUCGCGACUUUCUGGAUCAAUUCCUUUGUGGUCACUCCAGCUGCCUUGAUGCGUACCACCAAGGACCAGGUGUUAACUGGUCGCACCUCCGAAGAGGACUCCCUCUUUAUCAAAAGCUGUUUAUACUCAGAACUGAACCAUGAUCCCAGCGUUUCCCAAUGACUACCUAAACUUUCUAGAAAACGAUCGGUUAGAGCUGCGCCGUAUCUACCUCUUCAUAUACCCGGUACUCAAAGAGUAUAGGAGUACAUAUAUUAGUUUUGUGGUGGAAGAAUAUGUAUAUAACACCCUGAAGGAAGCUUUCCGACCCCAUAAACUACAUGUUGUCUUGAUCAGCAUCAAUAGCCGGGUCGAUAAAGUCGUGCCUGUCUGUCAGAUGAAAAUUUCUGGGGCAUUCACAAUUUUGAAUCAUAUUCCGGAAAUCUGGAUCAGAUCGUUCCUAAAGGAACAACUGAAAUUGCAGUGGCUACCCAAACCCCUUCCACGAGCUUACUCAUUCCCUCUCUCUCUCUCACGCACUCUUUCUCGUGCCGUGUGCGCUCUCUGGCGGAGGGAAGCGUGAUAUAAUGGCUGGGGAGAGAGCGGCAUACAUAUAUAUGUAUUCUAAAAUUUGAAUCAUCUUUUGAUCUUUAUGUGGAAAGUAGAUAAACGAUGUUCAAGAACCAAUAGUAAAGCAUAUCAAGCGGUCGUCGUUCCCCUCUUUCUUUCUUUGUUCUUUUCAUCUCUCAUGACAAGUCCGAUCAAA